UUUGACUAAGAUAUUGUCGUCAUAUAUGUAACGCAGCUUCGUUGUUUGAUAGUUCGUCUGUCUUUUCCUCCUCCCUAAAAAUCCUACGAUUAGGGUUGCACUUCCAAUCUCCCGAUUUCAUUGCCUCUGCUCUCUUUGCUCGCUCCAUAGCCACUGGACCAUUCAAUUUAGACAACGUUUACCGGAAAAGUUGGGAAUUCCUGAUCUGAAGAGCAUCGAACGAUGCAUUCGGUGCCUCCAAACCACCUUCUCCUGUCCACCCGCCCCAGCGUCUCCUCCUUCUAUGGCGGUUCUUCUUUUCAUCGUCUGACUCUGAAACAUCUUCAGAAAAGUGAUCGGCGUGGUAAUCUUACUAGUUAACCUUUUGCCUUCAAUUGUUUUCGGAUCCGUUUUCCCCCAUCGAGAUUCCUUUCUAUGCGCUCUGUUUUUCGUUCCCGGACGUGACGUUAGGAUUUCUUAUCAAUUUGACGUGGGCUCGGAAUUGCUUCAUCUUCGGAUUUCUGUUGAUCGGACAACGUUUCGUUUUGAGGGGUUAAGUGAGAUUUUUGCAUUCACAGCUCCUCUGUAGCUGUGUCGUUGUAGAUGGAAGUGUUUGGUCCUCAUAACACAUCGUCUUGUCUAUAUAUAGCAAGCAGCGGCUGUUCUUCAACAGACCCUGACCAUCUAGCUCAGAAAAACUCGAAAGAUCUUUCUAUGAAUGACCUCAAAACAUGCCUGACAGAGUUUUUUAGUGUUGAAGAUAUUGGAUCCUCAACUAAUGAACUCAACCUAUCUCCUGGGAAGGAUUAUGUAGUAAAUGUGGUGAAAGAAUGUGAAUGCCUAGGCUUAGAUAGGAUUCACACAGAUUAUUCAGCAUCUGAGAAAUGCUUAAGCAAGUGUGCCAGUGGGCCCAAGCCCUGUGUAGAUGCAAUCAUUGGUGAGAAAGAAGAGCAAGAGGGAGAUAUCAGGGCUGAAGUAUCUGAAGUAAAUGACUUUAAUAAUCCUUCUAAUAAGUGCUAUUCACAAUCCAAAUCACUGCCUGUUCCUUUGAAGCUUGUAUCUGCCAUGAAAGGUACCCGUGAAAAGCAGGGAAUGCCACCUAAACGUCUCUCAGUAACCUGGGCUCCUGAAGUGUACGACCCAGUCCCAACAUCUGUGUCACAUCUUCCAUCAAAUAAGAAUCUAAACUAUCGCAGCAAUAGCAAGAAGUAUGGGAAGUACAAGCAGAAGAGUGGUUCCAAGUCUUCAAAAGGCAGCAAGAGUAAGGAUAAGAAGCAGGUUCGGAAAAGUGGUGGUGGGUCUACUAAGCUUAGGCCCUUCUUUGAGACCUAUAGAGACAGUAUUGGCGAACCACAUGUAGAUUUCGAUGUUGGCACCCCAGAUCCAUUCUGUGGGAGUAGCUUCCUGAAGCAAUCUGUCAGGAUGCACUUUCCGGUUGCUGAGGCUACGUGAUGAGUCAUGGAUGGUGUAUAUAAAUAAGUAGAGACUGAGAUCUUGUUUGAUCCAUGAUCGUUGCAAGAUGCAUGAGAGAUGAUUGAUAUAACCAUGGUUGAGUGCUUUUUGUGGUUGACUUUGACCUUUCCUUUCUGUGAACCUUUGUUUUUUGGUUAUUUAUUUCAUUGUUGGAUUUUUCAA